AUGUUUCACUCCUCUCGACAUAGAUCCGAACAAGUGGAUGCAAAAGCAUCAGUAGAGCCACGAGGCGGCACCACGACCCCCGUACCGGACGAAGCUUCAGUCGUCGUGUCCAAAUCAGCAUACUACUUCGAGGCCGGAUAUGGCCUCUUCGCCAAGCGACCAUCCCGACCCUUCCCACCGCCAUUUCUGUCUCCUCCGUCGGGCUCAUUCUCCGAUCCUCUGAGUACCCAUGACCGAAGUCGUGAUCGCCGUCCGUCGGUCAAUGGCGACAUGAUUCGCGGCAUGACCAACGGCGACGAUGCCGUCUUGGUCAGCGACAACUUCAUUGGCGCGAACGACGGCGUAGGAGCCUGGGCCGGUCGUGAAAGAGGACAUGCUGCAUUAUGGUCACGUCUCAUAUUGCAUUUCUGGGCCCUAGAAGCUGAACGGGAUGUCUACGGAGACAGCUCAGAACCAGACCCUGUCCAAUAUCUUCAAAAGGCCUACCAACAGACCAAGGACGCUACCAGCAAUCCCAACGAAUGGUUCGGUACGACGACUGCCUGCGGUGCCUUCUUGCAUACCAACUCCAACACUCCGCCUCAUCCUGUUUUAUACGUGACUCAACUUGGUGAUUCCCAGAUACUAGUCAUAAGGCCAGAACAUCGCGAAGUCAUUUACAAAACCACUGAACAAUGGCACUGGUUUGAUUGUCCGCGCCAGCUUGGUACCAACAGUCCCGACGAGCCCAUUAAGAAUGCCGUCAUGGACAAGGUGACAAUCGAAGAAGACGACAUCAUCCUUGCCAUGUCAGAUGGCGUCGUGGAUAAUCUCUGGGAACACGAAGUUGUUGACAAUGUCCUCGAAAGCAUGGAAAAAUGGCGAUCAGGGGAUGUCCCUCAAGUGAUGCGCUCAGACGACCAGAGUACAUACGCAGGUGGCAUGCAGUUCGUCGCACAGGAGCUCGUCAAGGCAGCUCGCACAAUCGCACAAGACCCCUUCGCAGAGAGUCCGUACAUGGAACGUGCAAUCGAAGAAGGCCUUUCGAUAGAAGGAGGCAAACUCGACGACAUUAGUGUUGUCGCGGCCGUUUGCAAGAAACGAAGAGGCAGAUGA